CAUCGGACGUACAUAAGUCACUCCACAAAUACAGCAAGGAUUUGUGAGGUACAAUCAGUUAUUGGCCAAAAAAGCACCAUGGAUUGGUAUGUGGGAGGCUCGUCAUACGCUUGCAAUUGAUGGCAUCCCAAUGGUGAGGCUAAUGGGGUACCAAGAUGAAUACAUGGUUUGGUACCGCAAGUUCACAAAAAGAUGGUUAACCAAACGUGGUGUCGUGGUCGGUUCGUUGGUAAGCAUACAUCUAUUUUCUAGAGUUGUCUGAAUGAUCGGGUUGUUCUAUUUUCUAGAGUUGUUAAGUUGUUCAAAUUUUCUAGAUUUGUCCGUAUGUUUUCAGUUACAUUAGUUUCCUUAAUAUCUAGUCCUCAAAUUACAACAUAAAGUCCUCAAAUUACAACUUAAACUUCAAAUUAUAACAUAAAGUCCGAAAUUACAACAUAUAAUGAACUGGUGACAUCUAACUUGGACUUGAAAACACAAUGACUUGACAGCAAUUACUGGAAGUGCAUCGAAGUCAUCCACCUAAGGUAUGUUUCCUCCCGGUAAAUGGCUGAAACUGCUUAUUCUCCGCUUCAACUGCUGUAACCACAGGUCUAACUUGCACUCUCUUUGGCUCUGCCUCAACACUCUGCAUCUCUUCAUCAACCGCUACUGCCUUCUCAUUCAACCUCCUCGCUACUCCAGUGAACGGUAUGAAACAGCGGGGACCACCCACUCCCUCUUCCCAAAGCUCCUGCGGCGCUGGUGCUGGGGCUGGCGCCGGCUCUUUGUAAUCCAAUGGAACAGCGAAGUCCACGGCGCAAUCCGUAUCAAUAAUGCAGUUGGCAUCAUGAGGCUUGGUCUCUACAAUGUCGAUGUAGAACUUCUUGCUACCCAGGUCGAUAGUAAUGGUGUCUCCGGUGGUCAGGCAGGAGAACUUGGCGCUGAGAGUCUGUUCCAACACCGUUUUCACGUCCCUUAUUGCCAAGAAGGCGACGGAAUGCGGCUGAAGCUUGGCGAAGGUGCCCUUUUCGAGAAUGAUGGAACGAGUUCGUUGUGCUCUACAAAAUGAUAUCCAUUUUCAAUAUUUAUUGAGAAAAAAAAAAUUCAUCCCUCUCGUUACCAACUCCAUACCAUAUGGUAUCUCCUUUGUUGUUUAGUCAUUUUCGGAAAUUUAUGCACAAAAAGAACAAUUUAAUCAUGAUCUAUUGGAUUUCAAAAUUUUUUGGGGGGAAAAAUUCCAUACCUCUCGUUAUCAACUCCAUACCAUACUAUACCACUCUGGUAUGAGGUGGUAUUUUUCAUAUCAUAUGGUAUGCUGUUAUUUAAUACCAGUCAAUACCAUAUGGUAUUGACUGGUAAUAACUAGCAAAUUUUUUU